AUGAAUAGCUGUGUAACCAUGUGUGACAGCAUUUGCAAAAAUGAAAAGAAGUUUGUGUUGGGGCCUGCCCCCUCGCCUUGCACCACGAUGGAGGACUACGCCGUUUUUGAACCCGCAGCAAACCCCGUUAUAAAAAACAUAGUCCAGGAAACGACAAUCCAUGUGCCAAAAAUAGAGUACAAGGAAAAAAUCGUCCACGUGCCAAAAGUUGAAUACAGGACGUACCCCGUCCUGAAGGAUGUGGAAGCGCCCAUAUACCGAGAAAGGUACAGGUACAAAAAUGUCCAGGUCCCGCAAAAGAAGUUCAGGGUCAAGCCCGUGUACAAAGUGGUAGACGUACCUCAGUACAAAUAUGUUAAUAAAUAUGUGAAGAGAAAGUAUAAACGAUUUCAAUACGUACCAAAGGAAGUCCCUGUCCCUUUUAGACCCAGGAGAGAAAUUUAUACAGAAAUUCCGAUCCGUAGGUAUAUCCCCCAAUAUAUGGAGGAAAAUGGUCGCAUAGAACCAGACAUGAAUAAUAGCGCUUAUAACCUUCAGGGAGAAUUACCCCUCUUCGAAGGGUACAAUGAUAAUUUUUUAAAUUUGUUGAAUCCUUUUAGUAGUUAUACGAACAAGAAACAGGAUAACUGCUUUUUGAGCUGCCUUUGUAAUGGAAAGAAUGAGGAGUCAUUAAUGUAUGAAAUGGAUCCUCUUCUCUUUUCUAAUGCAGUUUAUGCACAAGGGAGGGACAAGGUGUACGAGGUGAGCAGCGGAUAUGAAUUUUCCCCCGAGCAGUACAACACAUUUGCGUAUAAUAAUUACCCACUUGUUAUACAUAAACGGGGAAAUAAUUUGUAUGACCGAAUGAUAGAGACCACCUCCAACUUGCUAGCGGCAGCUGGGGUGGCUCUCGUGCUGGCUGGCAAACUGGGUCUGCAGGGAAUAUCUCUCCUCGUCGGCGGUGCUGACAGGGAAAAAGGGGGCCACACUGAUGUUGCUGGUGUUGGUGCGGGUGCCGUUGUUGGCGGCCCUGGCGCCGAGCCGUAUGUGCUUGAUGCAGGUCGACGUGACACGCUCAAAGACACGCAGGUUGAUGAAAAGCAAAUAGAAGAUCAUAGUGGGAGAAACACCAUAAAAAGGGCAACCAGAUAG